AUGGUGCACUUGCCUAUCCAUUUGGCAAAUGAAGUGAGGUUAGGUGGUCCAGUUCAAUAUCGUUGGAUGUACCCUGUUGAACGAUAUAUGUGCACACUAAAAUCGUAUGUUCGUAACAGAAGUCAUCCAGAAGGAUCCAUUGCUGAAGGAUAUUUGGCGAAUGAGUGUAUUAAUUUUUGCUCAAGAUAUUUGCAUGAAGAUGUCCAAACAAGAUUCAACAGAGUCCCUCGAAACAAUGAUGAGUGUGUUUCAACAAAAAAAGGAAUGAGUCUUGACAUGUAUUUUAAGGUACAUGGGAUAAAUUUGGAAGAUAAAGAAGAUGAGGAAGAUGAGAAACAUGAGCUUGAUGAUGCUGCAAAUGAUGAGGGUAAUGGAGAACAAGCUUGUAAUGAAGACUUAGGCACAAUAAAGAAGAAAACUCGUCGAAAGACUAUGUGCAAAAAGCUUCAUGCCACUGAUUUUAAUGAUCGACGGGAGGUGGAAUUUUUUGGAGGGCAGCCUAUAGGUCCAACCAAGGAGGUUGUAUCUAACCUCAACCAACUCUUGGGUACAAUAGUUAGAAAUUCUCGUUUUGUGACUUUGCUAUAUACUAGUUGGCAUGGUGUGCCUAAAAACCUCAAAGAGGACAUGUGGGAGUAUGCCAAUGCUGUGUCUACUAAGAAUGCUGAAAAUAGGUCAAAGCAAACAUGUCCUCACCGGAUGGGUUCCACAAAUUUUGGAAUAGUGCGCAAGCAGCUGCGCGACUCUAAAAAGAAUAGUGAAGAACCAUCAAGAGUUAAAGUUUUCAUAGCAACUCGCACAAGUAAGAAAGGAAAAGAAAUUGAUGCUAAAACGCAAAGCACAAUUGCUGAACUUCAAACCUACAUAGAAGCCGGGGAAAAUGAUGAGGAUGCAUUUGUAGGAGUGUUAGGAAAGGACCAACCAGGUCAAGUUCGUUGUUAUGGGACUUCGAUUACAAAAAGCUCUCUUAAAAAGGAUGAGGAGAUUCGACAAGUCAAAGUUGAAUACAACAACAAGGUUGAAUCAUUAGAGAAGAAGAUGGACGGUGUAUGUAGUUUAUUAAAGGUAUUGGUGCACCAAGUCAACCCUGGAAUGACUGAGGAAAAGGUAGCAGCCUUAGUGCAAGCUGCCCAAAAUUCUCCUUUGGAUGCCUCAAGUAGCAGACCGAGAAAUACUCCCCGCUCCUCCGAAUCAACUCAUAUUCCACCCAAAGAUACUCCAGAAGGAAUUAAUGGCUCUCAUGGUAUAUCUCAUUUUGCUUGA